GGAAGUGACACGUAAGAGAAAAGGGGGUUAGUCAUAUCAGUAGCAACAAGAAGCAAGGGAAGGAAACGACACACCAAAAAAACUCACUUUCAAGUUUUAUGUCUGACAGCAGAAGGACACAACAUGGAUGAACUUGAUCUGCUGCUGGAAGAGCUUGCACUCGACGUAGCUGUUUCGCAAAGUGUUGGUGAAAACAGCAGUAAUGACUCUUCCAAACAUGAGGUACCAGACAAUAAUAAUGCUACUCUUUUCAAGACUGAUCAAACUUCACCAACAAGACAAAACGUCGACAGUGAACUCUCCGGUCCUCUGGCAUCUUCCUUGACCACAGACUCUCCCACUAAGGAAUUGGAGUCCAUUUUGCAAGAUCUGAUGUGCAUGGGCGAGGAGGAUCCAUCAGCCCCGACAACACCUCCACAACUGACCCAGAAGAAGUCUGUGAGAGGGAAACCAGAAGAAACGCCACAGGAGAAGGAGAAGAGCAACAAUGGAGCGGGUUCUGAUGAAAAGGCAUCAAGCACACGUACCAUCACAGAUUCAAUCGAUGCCCUGCUGGGGGGACUGAGCUCUGACAUGGAGAAGAUUGGUGUUCGCACUGCAGCCAAAGGUCACUGCGCUUUCUGCCACAAAUCCAUUGUGGGAAAGAUGAUCACUGCACUGGGUGAAGUGUGGCACCCGGAGCACUUUGUGUGUUGGGUUUGUAAAGCAGAGCUGGGCACAACGGGAUUCUUUGAAAGGGAUGGACAGGCAUACUGUAACGAAGACUACCAUCGCCUCUUUUCACCUCGCUGUGCGUAUUGCCAGGGGCCCAUAACCCAGAACAUCCUGACAGCAUUGGACCAGACCUGGCACCCUGAGCACUUCUUCUGUACACACUGUGGAGACCUCUUUGGCCCAGAAGGUUUCCUGGAGAAGGAUGGAAAACCGUACUGCCACAAGGACUUCUACAACCUCUUUGCUCCUAAGUGCACCGGCUGUGGAGAGCCAGUGAAGGAGAACUACCUGAAUGCAGCCAAUGGCACCUGGCACCCAGAAUGCUUCGUCUGUGCUGACUGUCUCAAGCCCUUCACCAACGGCUGCUUCAUGGAGUUGGACGGCCGACCUCUGUGCACCGUGCACUUCCAUGCCAGACAGGGCACUCUGUGCGGCGGCUGCGGCCAGCCCAUCACAGGCCGCUGCAUCUCUGCUCUCAAUCACAAGUUUCACCCUGAGCACUUUGUGUGCGCCUUCUGUCUGCGGCAGCUGAGCCAAGGCAUCUUCAAGGAGCAGAGUGGGAAACCGUACUGCUCCACAUGCUUCAAUAAACUCUUUCUCUAGGAUGUGUGGGGAACAGCAAGUAGCUUCACAGUGUCAAUUUUUUAUUCUAAAACAUUUGUAGUUUAUUAUUGAUAGUUUAAUAUAUUCUGAAUGUACUUUUGGUUCUAUUUUUUUCCUUCUACUAGUUAAAUAAAGGCCAUGAUAAACAGGGUGUAACAAGAACAGCAUAGUUAUAGCAGAUACUGUAUGUCAUAACAUGAAGGGAACGUUCUGUGGAAUUUAACAGGAUUUCACAUAAUGAUGAUCACAUAAAACCUAGAAAGAAAAACAGAGAGGUGGGGGCCUCAGCCAUGGUUUCCAUAACUGGUCCUGGAUUUGCCAUAAGACUUGGCCCAGCCGACUAUACAGCAGUUUGUUCACAGACUUGUCCUAUUUAUCCCGACAGCUUGUGUUGGCAUGGAGCUGGAAUGGCAUGGAAUCAAUACGCCAGCUCCGGUCUCCUCUUAUUCCGACUGACCAACACAGUGGAAUCACACAACCUCUCCAUACACCACAGAGACCUCUUAUGAAGAGGCCCACGGAAGAUUAAUGAAGCACAAAGGUGGUUUCAAGGGUGGAGAUCUUUGGAGCCCUGGACCUCUCUGCAGAUACCUACUGUAGUGUGGAUUAGCCAUAAAAUGAUUUGAAAUUGAGUUAAUACUUUUAGGUAUUUAUUUUUCUUAGGUAUUUUGUAAUUGCAUCCCGGCUGAAUUUAAAAUUACAAAAAAAUCUCAAAUAAAAAAAAAACUAUUUAAAAAACA